AUGGAAGAUAUAAAACCAAAUGUGGAACUGAAAAGCAGUCAGGAGCAGUCUGUGCCUACAGAAGGUCCAGUGAUUUUAAAUGACUACAAUUUAACCAAACCUCAUGAGACAGAAAAUGUGGACAGUGCAGAAUGCCCAACCAAUGAAGAUGAAGAUAUGGAAGACGAUUCAACGAAAGUGAAAGAUGAAUAUAGUGAAAGGGAUGAGAAUGUUUUGAAGCCAGAGCCCAUGGGAAAUGCAGAAGAGCCUGAAAUUCCUUACAGCUAUUCCAGAGAGUAUAAUGAAUAUGAAAACAUUAAGUUGGAGAGACAUGUUGUCUCAUAUGAUAAUAGCAGGCCGACCAGUGGCAAGAUGAACUGUGAUGUGUGUGGAUUAUCCUGCAUUAGCUUCAAUGUCUUAAUGGUUCAUAAGCGGAGCCAUACUGGUGAACGCCCAUUCCAGUGUAAUCAGUGUGGAGCAUCUUUUACUCAGAAAGGUAACCUCCUCCGCCACAUUAAACUGCACACAGGGGAAAAACCUUUUAAGUGUCACCUCUGCAACUACGCAUGCCAGCGAAGAGAUGCACUCACAGGUCAUCUUAGAACUCAUUCUGUUGAGAAACCCUAUAAAUGUGAGUUUUGCGGAAGGAGUUACAAGCAGAGAAGUUCCCUUGAGGAGCACAAGGAGCGCUGCCGUACAUUUCUUCAGAGCAGUGACCUUGGUGAAACCGCAAGUACGGAGGCAAGACACAUCAAGGCAGAGAUGGGAAGUGAAAGAGCUCUGGUUCUGGACAGAUUAGCAAGCAAUGUGGCAAAACGAAAAAGCUCAAUGCCUCAGAAAUUCAUUGGCGAGAAGCGCCACUGCUUUGAUGUCAACUAUAACCCCAGCUACAUGUACGAGAAAGAGAGCGAGAUCAUACAAACCCGAAUGAUGGACCAAGCCAUCAAUAAUGCCAUCAGCUAUCUCGGUGCCGAGGCCCUGCGCCCCUUAGUCCAGGCGCCGCCUGCUCCCACCCCGGAGAUGGUUCCGGGUAUCAGCAGCAUGUAUCCCAUAGCCCUCACCCGGGCCGAGAUGCCGAAUGGCGCCGUCCAGGACCUGGACAAGAAGCACAUCCACCUGCCAGAGAAGAGCCUGCCCUCCGAAAGAGGCCCCUCCCCCAAUAACAGUGGCCACGACUCCACAGACACUGACAGCAACCAUGAAGAACGCCAGAAUCACAUCUACCAGCAAAAUCACCUGGUCCCUCCGCGGGCCCGCAAUGGGAUCCCACUGCUGAAAGAGAUACCCCGCGCUUAUGAACUCCUCAAGCCCCCACCCAUCUGCCCACGAGACUCCAUCAAAGUGAUCAACAACGAAGGGGAGAUGAUGGACGUGUAUCGCUGUGACCACUGUCGAGUCCUCUUUCUGGAUUAUGUGAUGUUCACCAUUCACAUGGGUUGCCACGGCUUUCGUGAUCCUUUUGAGUGUAACAUGUGUGGGUAUCGAAGCCAUGAUCGGUAUGAGUUUUCGUCUCAUAUAGCCCGAGGAGAACACAGAGCAAUGCUGAAGUGA